CAUUUCAAGGCCGUUGGACCGAAGGGGGUCCGGCAAUGAAGGCCGCCUCCGACUGGCCGCUACAUUGGGGCUCCUCACAUGUCACCACGCGCGUGUGUGUGCUCCCGCCGUGCUCAUCCUCCCUCUCCCCCUCCUCUCCCCCUCCUGUCCGCCUCUCCUACCCGCCGCGGCCUCUCAGGGCCGAGGCGCUGGAGCGCUGCCAGGUGGCGGUGGUGGUGCUGUCGCAGGCGCUGCUGGAGAGCCCCACCUGGCCCCUGGAGCGCCGCAUCCUGGCGGCACGGCUGGCGGCGCCGCCCGACACCGCCACCUGGCCCGGCCCGCCGCUGGCAGGCGUCGUGCUGGCGGUGCGCGAGGCAGUGGCGGAGGUCCUGCGCGCCGCCUCCGCCCCCGGGCCCGUGGACGCAGAUGGCGGCGGCGGCGGCGGCGGCGGCGGCGGCGGCCUGCUGGCGGCGGCGGGUCUGUGUCUGGUGCCCGACCCGCCGCCGGUGCACCUCCACCCGGCGCAUGUGCACGCAGACCCCGAGUCACUGCUGGCGGCGGCGCUGGCGGCGGGCGCGGGUGGAGAUCUGAGCUUCCUGGGCGGCCCGGCCGGCACCGGCACCGGCACCGGCGUGGGGGGCUACGGCUCUCCCAGCAGCAGCCUCGGCGGCGGCUUCCCGGGGCCCGGCAGCGGUCUGGCCGGCAGCGGCGGGCGGCGGGAGUCCAGCCUGGGCGCCUCUCUGGGGGUGGGCAUCUCUCCGGGCAGCACCAGCCUGGCCACACACCUGCUGGCCAGCCGCGCCAACGCGCCAGUGGCCCCGGGCGCCGCUGCCGCCGCCGCACACAUGCUGCCGGCGGCGCACGUGCAGCGGCCCGUGGAGGACUGGACCAUGUACGACACAGUGGUGUGGCUGGCGAGCCUGGGGCGCUCCAUGGCCAAGUGGUCUCCCGGCUUCCUGGCUCUGGCUGUGGACGGGCCGCUGCUGGCGGUGGCGGAGCCCGAGGACCUGCGCGCGGGCUGCGGCGUGGCGCCGCCGGCGGCCCGGGCGGCCCUGGCGGAGGCGCUGGCGGGUGCUCUGGCUCGCGCCCCCGAGCUGCUGCCCUCCAGGCUGCUGCUGCCCGGCCCGGCCGGCCCCGCCACGCCGCUGCCGCCCGAGGCCGCGGUGCUGCCGGCGGCGCAGCGGGGGGCGGUGCUGAUGGACGUGUUCAGAUACUACGACACGGACCACUCUGGCGACCUGGACCCGACCGAGCUGGGCCGCCUGGUGCUGGGCUGCGGGCUCCGGCUGGGGGAGGAGCGGCUCAAGGACGUGCUGGACGACUACGACGAUGACGCCGACGGCCGCCUGUGUGCGCUGGAGGACCUGCUCAAGGACACUGCCGAGCUGGACGAGGCGGCGGCGGCGGCGCCCUGGGACACGCCGCGGGCCACCCCCGAUGCCGACCUCAUGGCCCAGGUAACGCUGCAGCAGCAGCUGUUGCGCCCGCCGCGCGCCUCCGACGCCUCGUUCGCCGCCUCCGAGGCCUCCUCCGCGCCCUCCAUGGCCAAAUCCAUCUGCAUCGUGGGCUCCCGACGCCCCUCCGGCGCCGGACCCGACACCUACAACGCCCCGCCCAAGACCGCCUUCGGCGGCCGCCCGCACGCGCGUGGCCACAACAUCGCCGCGCCCGAGGAGGCGGCUGUGUCGGCGUCUAACUCGGCCCUGGAUCCGUUUGGUGAUGGCGGCGGCGGUCCGCCUAGCAUUAUUGGAGAGGAUGAAAGCGGUGCGCAGGUGCGCCUGAUUGACUUCACAGCGCCGCGGCCGAGGACGCAGGCCUUGGGAGCGGAGGCGUCGACCUCCUCGAUGGGAGGUGCGGGUGCAGGAGGUGGAGGAGGCGGCGGCGGCUUUGCGGCGGCGCAGGCGCGGGCAAAGGCGGCGCUGAAGGCGACGGUUGGAGGCGGGCGCGGCGGCGGCGCCGCCGCCAGCAGCAGUGGCGUCAGCGUCAGCGGCGGCGGCGGCGGCGGUUUUAGCUGCAACAGUGAGAGCGGCGUUGGCAUCAACAUUGUGGGAGGCGGCGCCACCUCGGGCGUGCCGAGCCGCGCCGGCGGCCGUGGUGUGCUCAAGCGCGCCCAGAGCUCUGCGUCUUUUGCCUGGGGCGUGCCCCCGCGCCUGUCCGCCAACUUUGCGGCGGGCGGCGGCAACGCGCCGGUGGUCACCGUGCCUGCGGGGUCGGGCGUGGCGGCGGCGCUGGCGCUGCAGCGGCCGCCGCGGCCCGGCGGGCGGCCGGCGCCGCUGCUGCCGUUGCCGGCGGCGGCGGCGAGCGAUCAGCAGAGCAUUGGCAGCGACUCGGCGCCUUGGACGGGAGCGAUUACGCCCCGAGCCGUGCGCACGGGUCGGCGCCACGUGUUGUCGCCCGAGGCGCUGGCGGCUGCUGACGUGGACGCCGCCACCCUGCUGCGGCCCGAGCUGGGCGAUAUGGAGCUGAGGGAGGCGCUCAACAGGGUCCUGGACAGUCUGGACCUGCGGCGUGCGGGCAUUGUGGAGGUGCAGCACCUGCGUGCCGCGCUGGCUUCCUCCGGCCCCUUCCACCUCCUCACGCCGCUGCACACGCAACUGCUGUCCGAGCUGGCAGAGGCGCAGGCGCAGCUGCCGGCAGAGGCCACCCGGACGGCGGCGUCGGCGGCGGCGGCGGCGGCUGGCGGCGGCGGCGGCGGCAAGCAGAGCGUGACGGUGCGGGGCGGCGGCGGCCUCAAGGGCGCGGGAACGGCGGCGCGGCAGGCGCCCUCCCACUCGGCGUUGCAGGUCACCGCCAAGGGCGUCAUGGGCGGCGCUGCCACUGCCGGGGCUGGUGUUGCGGCGGGCCGGCGGGGCCCGGCACUGGCCAGUGGGGGUCUGGGCGAGGCGCUGGUGGGCAUGGAGGUGGCGGCGGCGCCCUACACGGCGGCGGCGGUGGAGGCGGUCAACCGGCUGCAGUCCACGCUGAUGGCUGUGGUGUACGGCGAGCGCGGCAUGUCGCCCAUGCUGCGGCAGCUGUACCGCCAGUCCGCGGGCGCUGACGACCCACUGGAGCUGCUGGCGGCGGGCGGCCCGCGCGUGCAGGCGGCGGCGGCGGAGGCGGCGCUGGGGGCGCUGCUGGCUGUGGCGGAGGUGCCGCCCAGCGCCCUGGUGCUGGCGGCACUGCUGCCCGGGCACCAGCAGCCUGACGAGGCGGAGGCGGACGAGGAUGAGGAGGACUAUGGGGCCGGAGGAGGCGGCGGCGGCGGCGGCGGUGGCGGGUCCCGCAGCACGCCGCUCAGCCUGCAUUCGGCCCGGCGCUACCCGCAGGCCUGGGCGUCAGUCACCGCGCACGUGUUACACGUGUACCAGACGCUCCUGCAGAAGUGCGGCUGAGGGGUUGAGGGCCCGAAGGGUCAAUCGCCGGGGCGCUGCGGCGCCGGAGCGGGCGUGAGGGAAGGCCAGGGGACGCUGGCGGCAGCGUGGCGGGGCCUCGCCUGUCGCUGGGUUGGUUGCCUGGGAGGAGGGAAGUGGCCCAAGGGCCCUCCCCUGGGGCAACGCACGGAAUUGCGAACUUGCAACGGCGGGACCAGGACGGGACAGGACAGUCCGACCCGGACAAGGCACGCAUCACGCAACCCGUGCGGAUCGACCCAAACUUACGUACGCCGGUCCGCGGUUUGCCGGGGCCCGGGCAUUGCGGUCUUCACACACGGGGCGCUUGUUGAGGUUCAUUUUUAGAUUGGUGGUGGUCUGGCGGGUGGGGCUGCUGGGGGGGGGGGCUGGCGGGCUGGUGCCGACACAGGCGUCGAGAUAGGCUGUGUCGUCGGCGCGGCAGAUGGCACGCCGCUGAGGUCUGACAGGGCAGGGCGCGUGUGCUCGUGAUGUGUUUUGGCUCGUCAGCUGCGGCAGCAGGUCCCUCAUGUCACCAACGCAGUCGCCGACACCCACCCGUCCGUAGGCGCGACAUUAUUGUGACGACUGAUGUCCCAAUCUCUGCGCAGUGCAACGUAAUUACGUAAUAUGUAGAGUCGGCUGUAGGGCCGUGUUGCGGAAAUGAUGGUCUGUCAUCUGCUAGCGAGUGUACUGUAAGGAUAACGCACCACAACAUCGGCUGUAGUGCCGCAAACAUCCACCCGCCGUCCCCCGCAUGUUAUGCCUCUCUGGCCAUGCCGCCGGCUCCGGUGUGCCAGCUGUAUGAGGGCUCGCCAGAUUACGAAUGCCUGGGAGUGACCUGCGAUGUACCAGGAAGAGCCGGUGGCAGCACGUGCUGCGGAAGUGCGCGGCACAGGCCGGGCACCUUGGGAGGCUGCGUGUGGUGAGCGGGCAGGCGCGGCAGAUGCGGGAGAUGCUGCGGGAUGCGGACGCGGCGCUGGCGGUCGGCAGCGGCGGGGCGCGGAGGGAGUCGGUUGUGAGCGUGAGGGAAUUUACACAACUCCGUGUCAAUGCA